AAUAGUUGCCAUAAACAUAUCGCAUGCAUCGUAUUCUCGGAACCUUGUCAAUAUUAUUCUCCACACGUCGGGGUGGGUGAAGUGACUGGUCCUAGAGGACGUGUGGUGUUGUUCCACUGGUGUCACUGGUGGCGCUGCGUCGCUCCUCUGCGUCACCAGUGACACAGCGCUGGGAUGAGUGGUGGAUGUCUGAGGAGAAACCUGCAAUACUUUACACCACAUAACCGACAGCGUUAACCCCCCCGCGUUGAAGAUGGGCCAAUGUGGCAUCACGUCCUCAAAGACGGUCCUGGUCUUUCUGAACCUGAUAUUUUGGGCUGCUGCUGGUAUCUUGUGCUAUGUUGGAGCGUAUGUCUUCAUUACAUACGAUGACUACGAUCACUUCUUUGAGGAUGUGUACACUUUCAUUCCAGCAGUGACCAUUAUUGCAGUUGGAGCCCUCCUUUUCAUUAUUGGGCUCAUUGGAUGCUGUGCUACAGUGAGAGAGAGCUACUGUGGUCUUACAACGUUUGUCGUCAUUCUCCUGCUGGUUUUCAUCUCAGAAGUGGCUGUGGUGGUUCUCGGAUAUGUUUACAGAGCAAAGGUUGAACAAGAAGUAAAUGUUUCUAUCAAGAAAGUGUAUGAUGAGUACAAUGGCACCAACAGCAAUGCCCAGAGCCGUGCCAUCGACUACAUUCAGAGACAGCUUCAGUGUUGUGGGAUCCACAAUUACUCAGACUGGCAGAAUACACACUGGUAUGAAGAAUCCAAAAACAACAGCGCACCCAUCAGCUGUUGCAAAACAAAUGUUGGAAGCUGCACGGGGUCCCUCACUCAUCCUGAAGAUCUCUACCAAGAAGGUUGUGAAGCUCUGGUUGUGAAGAAGUUGAAGGAGAUCAUGAUGUAUGUCAUUUGGACUGCACUGACAUUUGCUGUAAUCCAGAUGCUGGGGAUGUUGUGUGCAUGCAUCGUGCUGUGCCACAGAGCCAGAGGUCCUGCCUAUGAGCUUCUUAUUACAGGAGGCACCUAUGCAUAAAGGAGAACACAUUUCUCAUUUGUGAGAGCAUGAAAAUAAUAUAUUACCACACUAACCUUAAACAACAACCACACUAAAGUUCUAUAUUGUACCUGUUUUUCCAAAAAUGUAAGCUAUAGACCAAAUUCUUAAAUGGUCAAUGAGAUGUAGAAAACAUUCUGAUGCUUAGGAUGGCAUUAUUUAAAUCUGUGCUGUACUUACAUGAAAUUUGAAUUAAAUACAAUUUACCUUCACUACUACUAUUGCUACUACUAUUCUACUCGUACUACUAUUACAGCUCAGUUUUGGUUAAAACCUUUCAGCAGCAGCAUUCUGUCAAGAAAUAGUCAUAACUUAAGAUAGACUUUGUCCUAUAGCUGUUUUGUUUGUUUUUGGCUUAGCACUCCAGUCCUGGUAGUUUAAGAAUUUUGAUUUGAUGAUGUGUAGCAAUAGCAAGACUCAAUAAUGUAAAUAAAAUGUGGGGAAUUAAA